AGUCCAACACCAAACGACACACAGACCGAGCGCCUCGUCCUCGCAAAGCGACCGCGUCCGCUAUCACGCGAUCUAACAUCUAAGCAUUUUGUUUUUGAUCUAAAUAGAAAAUAUUUAUCGAAAUAAAUAAAUAUUAGAAACGACGUUCGAAUUGUACGAAAAAAGGAAUUUAUCGACCCAAGCUUUGCGCGCUAUUACAACCCUUAUUCACUUCAAGUCGCUCCCUCUAAUUAUUGACUCCCCUAAAGUUUUUUCGAAAAAUUCAUUCGGUAUCGAUUGUGCCCUUUCGUCGUGCUCAACUUUUAUUAUUAUUUCGCUCUGUGAACAGCAAAAUUUCCUGGUGCGUGAAGUAACGCGCUGACUUUUGGCUGAUUUUUUUUCCGAAUCCAUCGGUGCCUUCCUUGUUCACUUAUUUCCUAGUUUACUGAAAUUAAAGUGUCAAGUAAAGUCUAAAAGAAGACAUAAAAAUUAUGAGAGUGCUUUGACAACGACGCGAUACGAUUCCUCGCGUGUGGUGAAUGUGUGACUGGUUAUUUUGGACUGUGAGUGAAGGGACCUCGGCGAGGUGCAUGCUCGCGUGAGCAGCGUCGACAGCGGAUGUGCACGCCGCUGCCAUCCUGGUGGUUCGUGCCGGCUGGAAUGCCAGCUGCUCUUGACCUAACCAGGUACAAGAGCGGGGUGCGCUCAGUGAGGGGCGGAGGCGGCGCGGGCGCGGAGGAAGCGCGGCGCGGCGGCCUCAAAGCGCUGCCGAAGCGCGCCCGCACUCGCUGCCGGGGCAUGAACAUGGGCCAAAAGCUUUCCGGCGGUGUCAAGUCGGUGUCGCGCGAGUGCACGGCGCCGUUCAAGGCGGUGGUAGCACGCGAGCUGGCUCCCGAGCCGCCCAGACCUGCGCGCCUGGACGCGCUGCUCGACGCGCCGCCCGCGCAUCCAGAGUUACAGCUCAAGCAUGCAUGGAACCCAAACGACAGGUCAUUAAACAUAUUCGUUAAGGAAGAAGACGCACUGACAUUCCACCGGCACCCGGUCGCGCAGAGCACGGACUGCAUCCGCGGCCGCACGGGCUACACGCGCGGGCUGCACUGCUGGGAGGUGGUGUGGCCGGCACGACAGCGCGGCACGCACGCCGUCGUGGGCGUCGCCACGUCCCACGCGCCCCUGCACUCAGUCGGCUAUCAGAGUCUAGUCGGGGCCACCGAUCAGAGCUGGGGCUGGGAUUUGGGUAGAAAUAAGGUGUUCCAUAACGCGAAAGGCACGGGCGGCGGCGGCACGACGUACCCGGCGCUGCUGCGGCCCGACGAACAGUUCCUCGUGCCGGACCGCGUGCUCGUCGUGCUCGACAUGGACGAGGGCACGCUCGCCUUCUGCGCCGACGGACGCUACCUCGGCGUCGCGGCGCGCGGCCUGCGCGGCAAGACGCUCUACCCCAUCGUCUCCGCCGUCUGGGGGCACGCCGAGAUCACCAUGAAGUACAUCGGCGGGCUAGAUCCGGAGCCGCUGCCGCUGAUGGAGCUGUGCCGGCGCGUGAUCCGGCAGCGCGUGGGCCGGGGCCGGCUGCGCGCGGCGGCGUCCCGCCUGUCGCUCCCGCCCGCGCUCACGGCGUACCUGCUGUACCGCGCGCCCUAGCGCCCGCCGACCCGCACUCACUCCGCGUACACGAUUCCGAUUUGACUUAACUUUUAUUUUAACGUUAUCUGUGAUAAUUAUAUUUUAAUGACGAAUUGAAAUCGGUUAUUUCUGAAUUCGAUGCAUCCCGAUCGGCGCUCGUCUCGCUGCGUCGAUCCUCUUCCGUUUCUGUCCUCCUUCGUCGGUGUUCGUCAACUAGUUUCUGAGAUCCGUUCGAACGGAUCGGCGUCCGCUUCGCAUUCGAUCGAUUCGCCGAAACCAAGCAACGUUGCGGCGGCGGCGGCAAGAUCUCGGCGAACCUUCCAGAAACGAGCCCCCCCUUUGAUCUCCAAAAUACGAUCAGUGCUUUAAUCGACGUGUUUAGUCAGAGCGAGGAAACGUGUCUCAGAUUGAACAGGUGCAAGUUUUGUGACUCGAAAGACUAUUAUAUUUGUGACAAGCAAAUGUCGUUGUUUAUGUAACAAUAGCUUAAGCGUAUCGCUCGGACGCGGUCGCCCCCAGGCCAGUGUAUCGUUGGCAAUCUUACUACGCCGGUCGAUUUAGUGACUGGUUUUUUUUAUUAUUAUUUUAAUUUUUAUUUAGUACUUUAAAUUCCUAUUGUAAUGAUUAUGUGUGCGCGUGCGUGUGUCUGUAUGUAUAUACGUCUGCAAUACGCAUCGCAACUACGAAUGAGUGUGUCGAGUUCGGAAUCGUUUUAGCUGACACUUCCUAAACGUUUUGACUUACUUUUGGUCACAUCCAGCGAGUGCAUGUCUUCACGACGUCUUCUUUCGUGACUAAUUAGACUUAUUAGAUGUUAAAUGCAAAUUAUAAUGAAUUAAAGAUAAUAAUAAUAUUUUGAAGGCACUUGUAAGAGAUAUCGGCCAUUCGAUCCAGAUUAGCUGUAAAUGUAAUUACUUCCAUUUUAACUAAGCAUAUUUCAUACGUAGAUUGUAUGGCGGCGUGGAUAUACGAACGGCCUUUUUACCGUUUCUCAUACUCGCAGUACCUCUAUAAUUAACAAACUGUAAAAUAUAUGAUCAUGUGUUUGUGUUGUAUGUAAACGCAUAGAGCGUUUUUUUUUAUAUGUAUAUUAAUAACGCUGAGUUAUGUGCGAGUGCUAUAAUAACGAUGAUACUAUAAAACUGCCAAAAGAGAAUGACCGGACCUGUGUCUGUGCGUGUGCUUGUGUGCGUGACUGGGCACGUGUAAAGUCGACGUAUGUAAUUUGUUGUAAGUUUGAUAAAUAAAACACGCAAAGCUCAUUGAAGUAAAGUGAUGUUAUACUGUAAACCCUGCUAAUGGACCAAACUCGAGAUUUUCAGAACCCAAUCUUAUGUUACGUUUUAUGUUCGGAGUCUUAUGUAACAAAGCCACACUCGUCUUUAUCCCAAUGCUUCGGGGUUUGCUGUACAUAUUCACGGUUUAAUGAAUUAAAAAAAAAAAACAAUCUAUUUCUUACUCAUGAGCGAUGUAGUUAGUCUUUGUACAUAUUUAUAAUCGUUUUGCGGUGUUUUAUGACUUUAUUGUAAGUGAAAAUGCAUUUUAGUUCUAUAAGUUUUCUAGGCAAUGUUAAUGAAAAUCAUUUUAACGGACAACUGCGUUGGACAGUCGAAUCUCUUAGACAGAAAGACAAAAAAAUAAGACGAGAGAACGAAUGAAAAUGAAUUGUAAUUCAUAAAUAAAAUUAUAUACACAUAUUUUUAUUGUUUUUUUGAAUCAUUGUAACUUCUAGGAAUGCAAUUCUCGUACAAAAAUUAUUUAUAUUAUGGACGGACAUGUUGAGAAUCGUAUUGCAUUAAAAUCAAUUUUAUAAAUUUAAAUAGUCACAAAAUUAAACAUGUUUACGUAAAAUGAAUUGAUAAUUUAUUUUAAAAUUAAAAAACUUAUACAAAAUUUCAUCAUUAUCCUAAUUUAAUGUUAAGUACUGGAAAUACUGUUAUGACAAACUAUUAUGGCAUUAUUUUGUAAAAUUAUGAUCUUAAUCGCAGAGCGUGUGAUGUUCUAUAACUGUAUCAUCACUAAUUAUAAUAGUAUUUUCUUCAGGGAAAUCUUGCAGUAGCUCUAUUUGCGCGGUCAGCUCUUGCAGACCCCCAAUCAGUUCAUUCAAAGAAACCUGAAAUAAAUAUAAACAAAUGAGAAUUUUUAUUUACUUUUACAUUAGAUCAUAUUAAUUAUAGUUUUAAUGAAUUGACUAUGACUGUCCCCGUCGUAAUUUUGGCACAACAAUGACACAGUGGCUUAGUCUUACAUUUCAUCAUUUACAGUGUGUCACUUUUGUGAUGAGAAUACGAUAUAAUAUUUAAUAACGCGAAGCUUUUCUCUAGAAUCUGUUGUUACUGAUUUUUUAAAUAGAAAAAUCUCCAGCUUUUUAUAAAUAUUGUACUGAAUUUGGAGACUUAGCUCGAUACAUUACAAUUACAGUACAUUUCCCACACAAUCAAAAUAAGCAUACAGCGAAUGUAUUAAAAAUUAUGUACUAUGCAAUGAAUAUGAACACCACUAUUUGCUUGUGUGGAAAUCUGUAUGUAGAAUGUUUAUGAGGCAGUAACCAAUGUGGACUACUAGAGCAGCAAGUACUCAGUAAGGUACAAAAUCUUAUUGGUUGCUUCAGCUCUUUACGACACAUUGACGAAAACUGCUUUUGAUAGCUGUAAGUAAAGACAAUUUGCCUUAAACAUUACAGAAAACAACCAACUAAUAUAGAUACUGAUAGUUUAAUAACGUAAUAGUAUUAGUACUGUUACGGCAAUAGUAAAGAAUCACGCGUAUUCAGACGCACGAUUUUGUAAAUUAUAAUCUCAGAUCCGUACAUUUUGUAAACGUGGAUCGAAUGAGCUUUACUAAAACUCUUUGUUUUAUUAGAAUGAGAUAUAAGUAGAAUAAUUUGACGGAGAUCCAAACUACAUUAAGUUUGUUUUCAAAUAUAAGGGCUGAACACAGCAGCAUUUGUUUAAUUUCAAUAUACUUACUUUCGAUUCUUCAAAUUCUUUCAAAAAAUUGUCCAUAUUGGAAUCUUCACCUUCGAACUGGCCGGCCAGUACUUUCAAGUGGUCAGGUAAAAUUGAGGUAUCUAAACCUUCACUUGUAUUAUUUCGCAGUACUCUAAAAGGAAAACAAAAUAUAUGAAGUGAGAUCAAACAUUAUCCGUAUAUAGUAGAACAUAACGCCAAUUAUGUUUAAUAUUAGAUAAUUAAAAUGAUAAAGAACAA